AUGAAAAUAGCCUGGAACAGACUGCUCCGCCUCCAAGAGAACGUGGCCUUACGUGGAAAGGCGACCCAGUCAGACCGCGCCGAGUACAUGUUCUCAGCUGCCUACAAUGCUAUUGAUGAAAACCAGAAUGUGGCCUUGCGUGGAAAAGCAACUCAGUCAAACCGUCAUGCAGACGGAUUUGCCCAAAACGCUAUCGACGGAAAUCGUGAAUCUAACUACGGGGCGGGAUCGUGCACCCACACUGUUGAACAGACCAACCCCUGGUGGAGAGUGGACCUGCUGGAGUCCUACAUCGUCACCUCCAUCAUCAUCACCAACAGAGGAGACAAUUAUGCAGAAAGGCUCAACGGGGCAGAGAUUCACAUCGGCAACUCUCUACAGGACGAGGGUGCCGCAAACCCAGUGGUUGGUGUGAUUACUCAUAUCCCAGCAGGCAGGUCUUUAAAGAUCACUUUUACCAAACUUGUGGAGGGACGUUAUGUGACCGUGGUGCUACCUGGUUCAAAUAGAGUCCUCACACUCUGUGAAGUGGAAGUCUACGGGUACCGUGCUCCGACUGGAGAGAACUUGGCACUCGGAGGAAAAGCCACACAGUCGUCGCUGCAUUCUACAGGCGUUGCAAAUAACGCCAUAGAUGGGAACCGUGCGUACUACUGGGACCAGGCUUCUUGUACCCACACAAAGGCCGACCUUAACCCCUGGUGGCGACUGGACCUGGGCAGAACCCAUAAAGUGUUUUCUGUCAACAUAACCAACACUAUAGACUCUGUGCCACAACGACUCAAUGGAGCUGAGAUCCUAAUUGGAGAUUCGCUUGAAAACAAUGGCAACAACAACCCCAGGUGUGCUUUGAUCUCAAGCAUCCCUGGAGGUUUCACCAAAAACUUCCAGUGUAACGGGAUGGACGGUCGCUACAUCAACAUCGUCAUUCCUGGAAGAAACGAGUACCUGACCCUGUGUGAGGUGGAGGUGUACGGCUCCAGACUGGAUUAGGUCUGAGGAGGCUCAUAUAACGUAUAACAACCACAUUUUACACUGGUGACGUUCAUAUUAGGCUCUUGGUGC